GCUGCGAAGCCUUGGACGCCGCCAACAAGGCUCCGCAACUUGCUGGGAGAUCACGGCAGCCCAGGCCCUUCGGGGAAGCACCGCAGCUCCUUGUCCUGGGAUGUACGCAGCCCUUUACAGUCCGCUGUGGCUUCCACCUCCCCCGGCUCCAUGGAACCCAGGCUCCUGUCAACUCCCAGGACUAUCUCGUCCUGGAACUGCAUGUCUAUUGCAACACCGGAGACGGGCAGCCGGCGCCGGACCACCCUAUCGACCAGUCCCGAGGGCCAAGGUGAUUCCGAAAUGGAGUUGGCGCUUGAGCUGGUGAAUCAUGUCCGGCCUGAAGUUGCCGACCGCCUACUGCAGAGGCUUCGGGGGGCAGAGACGGCGAGGCAACUUGCGGAGGAGCGCUUCCAGCGCGCACGAUCGCAGGAGGGCCGCUGGUGCCGGUGCGGUCGAAUCGUUGACGUCGCCCUUGUCCUGACUCUGCUGGUGCUCUUGGCUGUUCAGGUCGCCGACGCAGUCUCCCAGCUUGGGCCGAAGGAACAGCCGGCGCAGCCGCCGCAAGCGCCGACGAGACAGGAGUCUCCUCCUGCGCUGUUUAGCCGAGUACCAGCUCAUGAGCUUCAGGAGGAGAAUGUCUCCGACAGCAACGUCACCUGCGAGGCCUUCCUUCAAGAGGCGCUCUUGCAGACGGAACAGUUGAAAAGGCGUCAUGAGCGCCUGCAAGUUGGCUUCGCCGGAGCGCUGCAGGCUGCCAGUCAGUGGGUAGGCUUCCUGCAGCGCGCGGCGGCCAAUGCAUCCCACGGUAACCUCGCGGAGUGCCGGGAGGCGGCCAAACCGGGUCAAGCCGCGAUCGAGGCGCUCCUGGCGGAAGUAGGACCUGAGGAGAGCCAGAGCUCCGAUCCCAGCGGAGAGGGUUUCUAG